GAAACAUCCUUCUGAACGAAGAGAGACGAAGAAGCAUGGAGGACGCAGCGAUUGCGCUUGACUCGACGGUCAGAAGUCAGAAUUCGAGCAACUCGAAGGAGUCGAAGGAAUCGAGUACAUCGGAUUCGAAGCCGGAAAGCUGUCUGGAAUCGAAGCACUCGAAGGAGAUCCUGAUUUCUGAGAAACAGCAACGACAGCAGCAACCGCACACGCAACAACAUCCGAAUGAUCGGCAGAAGUUGAGGAACGUAGAGUCUAAGGAUGAAACGAAUCUUCUCAUGUUCACUUCUUGUGGACAGUUGCUUCUUGGCAUAGUCCUCGUCGUGUUUGGGAUCCUGGUAUUAGUUCACGGGGCUGCAUUAGGUGGUUCCGGUGCUGGAUUAUGGGCAGGUGUGGGUGCACUUGUCGCAGGAGCGUUGGGUGUUGUCGCCACGCUUGCAACAUCGUCGAGCAAGACGAAUUCCAGCUUUUCGACGGCUCACCUUGCAGCAAGCCUGAUUGCCCUUGCCCUUUCGAAUAUGGCUGCAAUUACAGCCUUGACUGCCAUCGUCAGGGACUCUCAGAGGACACCGGAAGUGACCUUGCUCACUGUUCCGGGUGACGGAGGUACAGCGGAAGUGGAGGGUGGCUGGGCGGGGUUGCUCGCAAGCAUUGGUUUGCUAGUGACCAGCGUGGCCGAACUAUUGGUCUCCGGCUACAGCUGUCUGACCUUGACCCCGAAGCUGUGCGGAUGUCUGCGUGGCAAUAACGUGGACGAAGUGGCGAACGACGGCCGUCUGAAGACCCGCAAUAUGGUCCAUCAGUGGGUCACCGCGCAGAACCACGUGCCGAAGAGCCAGCCAAUUUACGUAGUGCAGCCGAUGCUACAGAUGCACCCGAUGAUCCAGUCACCUUACGCGAUGUCUGCCGCUCCUGCAAAGUUUCCUGGAGGAUUUAUGCCCGCUGGACCUCUGCCAAUAGCUACUCCAGCUUAUGGUGCCGUUCCUAUGUUACCGCACAUGCCAUACGCAGCGCGUCCUCCAUCGCAAAUUAUUCGUCCAAAGCAGAAACGUCAUUUGCCUGUAGAACAAGAAGAAACUGUAGAGAGGAAAAAACAAACUGAGGGUAAAACAGAGUCUUCAAAAAGGAUGUCCUCUAUAGGGGAAGAUCAAGUGGAUCUAGCACAAACAUACACAGGAUUGGACAAAAAAAUAUCAGAGGAAUUUAUUUCAAUUGCCAUGGACCCAGAAAGGAAGUCAAAAGCUUCUAGUAGUCAUGGUAGUGAAAUCGGUACCACGAAAAACUGUUGA